GAGCGUCUCCAGUCAGCAAGGAAAGGUGUCGUUUUCAAGACUGCAACAAACUGGUAGCUAUUUGAGAUGUCCAGGAGAAACAAGAAAACAAUGGUUUAGAAGAGGUAUCUAAAGAAGAAGAUGGGGAAGAAUACAACCCAUAACACGAUGAAUCAUCUUCAGAUGGAGAAAUCCCCCAAGCUGAAAGAUACAUUUUUGUCAAAGAACAGCAAAAUAACAUGGUCCUUGUCACCAUAUGACAACCAGGGCAGGAAGGCAGCACAAAUGUCAGAAGGAUGGCCCCAGGGCCCACAAUGCAUGCAGUUGCCCAGGACAUUACCUCAACAUUCUACAUGUUCACACCAGCCAUCGAAAAAAAUCAUCCUGGAAAUUACAAAAUUGGAGACAACUCGAAAAGGAUGGAUGAGAUUGACCUGCGUGUCUAUAUAGGGCUGCUAAGGGCCCGAGGCGAGGCUACAUGUAGUCUCUGGGAUGCAGAGAGUGGAAGGGCGAUUUUCCGUGCCAUGAUGCCACAGUCUUUCACACGGUCUCAAGAAUGCUAAGAUUUGAUAACUGAGUCAAGAUCUGUGAGAGACAAACUGGCAGUCAUAAGAAGUGGGUGGAGUGUCUGCCAUACCUCUACAACCCUGGGCCUAAAGCAACUGGUUCUAUUCAGAGGUCACUGUCCUGUCCGGCACUAUAUGCCCAGCAAGCCAGCAAAGUAUGGCAUCAAGAUAUGGGUGGCCUGUGACACACAAUGCAGCUACGCUUGGAAGAUGCAAGUCUACACAGGGAAGCUGACCAGUGAAGGCCCGGAGAAGAACCGGGGGAUGCAGGUUGUGCUUGGUGCGACAGAUCGACUGAUGGGGCACAAUGUCCCGUGGGACAAUUUCUUCACCUCUUAUCAACUCAGCCAGCAGCUCCAGAAGAAGAUCACCAUGGUUGGCACAGUUAGAAAGAAGAAGCCUGAGAUCCCCCUGCACUCCUCAACACAAAGGGGGAGAGAGGCCUUCUCAUCAAAGUUUGCCUUCACCACCACUCUAGUUUCUUACCUCACAAAGAGGAACAAGAAUAUGGUCCUCCUGAGCACACUGCACAAAACGGCUAAGAUCAGUGAUCAUAAGGACAGGAAGCCAGAUAUCAUCCUGGACUACAACCACAACAAAGAGGAGUGGACAACCUGGACAAGGUGAUUGUAACUGACAGCUGCAGGAUGAUGACUGCCCGCUGACCCCUGGUCAUCUUCCAUAACAUCAUUGAUGUGUCCUCAUACAAUGCCUUCAUGAUAUGGAACAAGAUCAACCUUACCUGGAUGCCUGUAAGUGGAACAAGAGGAUGUUCCUGGAGCAGCUGGGAAAGGCUCUUGUAACCCCACACAUUCAAAGAAAGGAGAGGCAAAGGACUGUAAAACAAAUACUAUGUGCUGCACAUGUGAGAAAUACAUCUGCAAAGUCCAUGCACACACACUUGCAUACUUUCCUACAUGUGCUAAGUAGAGUUCAUUGAUUUAUGUUCACAUUUUUGUUUUGUAUCUAGUUUAUUGUUUAUACACCUUGUGGGUGGGGGCAAUGGUUAAAAAAUGUGAGAAGACUAGUCUUUUGUAGUUGAAUUCCUCAUUGUACAGUAUAAGAAUAUCACUGUUGCCAAAAAGGUUCAAGAUGUAUUGUUUCCCUUCAAUAUAAUGCAAUCAAGACUA